UGGCACUUUGUGUAUAAAUAAAUAUUUCCCGCGCAGGCUGCCGAGGAGAUCUCAGGAUGACUGUCAUUUAUCUGAUGAUUGCUUCGCUCCUUGUGCCUAACGUAGUCUCGCCUUCUGCUGACACAGAAAGGCAAAACCACCAGGUUCAUGGAGUGCUCAAGAACGGGAAUCAAUGUGUCUGCAAAGUGCACUUUGCUGAUUGGGAGUUUCCAGUCGAAAGAUUUAUGGAGCUGCAAGACCUUUCACAGAACUGUUCCAACUCUCUGCAAGAGAGGUCAUCAGAGAUAAUACUUAUCGAGUCAGAGAUCCAAGGGCUCCUUGAAGAAUUACAGAAUGAGACUGCUCGACUUAGUCAGUUUGACGCAAUGCAGAAAAAGAAGCUGUAUCACCCACUCAACUUCUGGCCCCUUCGCUGGGAAUUGAAGCAGCUCCGGUCAGAAAUUGCAAAGGUGCAGAAGGUUCCUUCACCAAACACUAAGGCACUUCAAAAGAUCUCUUCUGAGCUGGAUGAUUCCUAUCUCAAUGUGCUAACCCUGCAGCAGUAUGACAAACAGAACUUACUGAACAUGAAAGACCUCUUGAAGAAAAUGAAGAACCGACUGGAGAGCUCUUCUGUUUAUGGCAAAUUAAAAAUUGGUAAUUGUACUGGAGGAAUUUUACGCAAUGUCAGCAGGCCUUUAAUAGCACAAAUCAACCCCUAUGGUUCAUCAUACCCUUACGGAGCCUGGGGCAUGGAUUCAAUGUCUGGAAGCCCGGAAUUGUACUGGGUUGUGGCACUAAUGUCUUCCAAUAUUUAUGGAAAUUCAAUACGAACUUACUCUUCUUACAAAAACUUCCUCAUGUUAAACAGUCAUGUAGAUUUUACGGUGAGAUCAUCAUACACAACACCUAAUUCAAUCCAGGGCCCUGGUGUUGUGGUUUAUAAUAGGUCUUUGUAUUAUAACUGUUAUAAAUCUGGAGAAAUGUGCAAAUUUGACUUAAUCACAAAGGAUAUAAUUCAUGUGAACCUUCCUAAUGCUGGCCAUUCAAACAAAUUCCCUUACUGUUAUUAUAAUUGUUAUGGUUACACAGACAUGGAUUUCUCAGUGGAUGAAAAUGGGAUCUGGGUUAUUUAUGCCACUGAAGAGAAUUAUGGUAAUAUUGUACUGAGUAAAAUAAACAGCAAUACUUUAGCUGUGUUGCAGACCUGGAAAACCAAGCUCUUUAAGAAAGCAGCAACCAAUGCCUUUAUGGUCUGUGGUGUGCUUUAUGCCACACGAUAUGUCAGUGAAAGUGAAGAGGAGAUAUUUUACAUGUUUGAUACCAUCACUAAUCAAGAGGCCAAAAAUCUCAACAUCCGCCUUGUCAAAUACUCUCCAAAUGUGGCAAGUCUUCACUACAACCCAGUAGAUAGGAAGCUCUAUCUUUUUAAUGAUGCCUACAUGAUAGCCUACAAUAUCUUGUUUUCCUAACAAAUGGAGGUUAAUUAUUUUAUUGCAGCAUAUUUACUAAAACAAAGGUUUUAUGCAAUUAAAAUAUAUUUACUACAACUUCACUUAACAAUUUCAGAAUGCCCUAGGUCAACUGAAAGUUCAAAUAAUGGUUUGUUAAAAACCAAAAGCCAGAAUCUUGAAGAGGCAAUCAUGUUAAAACUUAAUAUUAAAAACAGAAAAUGCCCUUUAUACUCAACAGGUCAAGGAGCAUCUAUGGAGAGAAAAACAUUACUGACUUUUCACGUCGAUGACCUUUCAUCAGAUUCAGUUAAUUCUGCUUCUGUCUGGAUAGAUGCUGCCUGACCUCCUGAGUAUUUAUAUCAUUUGGUUUUAGUUCAGAUUUCUCGCUUCUACUUUUUUUGAUUUGCUUUUUCAUUACUGUUAAGACCAUUUGCUCUGUAUAGUGUGCACAACCGUAGUAAAAGUGAGAAAAGAAGAAAAUCAGGACCUUUAAACUGAUGACUUCACCUUUGGAUUUAAUGCAUUCUCCAGCUUUUACAGCGGCGAGGGAUUCUGAAAAAAAUUGCACUUAUACAGUGCCUUUCAAUGCCUCAAGACACAUGGUUAAUGAAAUAAUUUUGGAAUGUACUCACUGUUGCAAUGCAGCAGAGAGUGCAGUAUUCCUUUACAUUUAUACUCAAGUGUUAAAAGUACUCAAGCGGAUACUCAAGUGUAUCUUAGACCGAAGUCUCUUCAGUGGUAUUCAGCUACAAAUUGACACCUCACAUAUAUGUAAGCAUUGGACUGGAUAUUAGAGAGAAAAGAUUAGUCUUGCAGACUAUAGGACAUGCAAAGGUAAGGGAGAAGCACAAUUUAAUACUGGCUCUAAAUCGUGUUCCCUUUGCACUUAGUUUAUCUAACAUCUCUGCAAAUGACAGAACAUAGUAUUUGAGUUAUGGGUUCACACACAAGAUGCGAGUUGAUGUUAUGUCAGCGAUGUGAAGUGCCAUCUAAGUCAGAUAAUUUCAAGGAACAGCAUGUAAAAUUUAAACAUUUGCAUGGCUAUAAUUGCUUUGCUUAUCCAUAUCUAAAAUGACACCUUUUGAAACAAGCAUUUAUUCAUAUAUGUUAAUGAGAUGGUUCACACAGUACAUUGGAACAAUCUGCAUGGUUUCAUUUGAAUUGGGCUGUGGAUCUUCAAAUACCCUGCUUUUUAAGUGCCUAAAUAAAAAGUUUUAUUAUAUCUAAUUACAUCUGCCAAACUCAUUUAAGUAAAAUAGAGAUUGAACUUUGAGGUAAAUGCUGGUAGUAGGAAAGA